AUGCGUCGCUGUUUCCUGCCUGAAAAUUGGCUCGUCCAUUCACCGGAGGGAGGCUAUUUGAGAGGAAGACGUGCCUCUGCUGAAUCGCAGCGAUACAUCCGCUUAUUCGAACAACAAAAUCCUGAAGCAGCAGGAAAGAUUCAGCAUGCACAAUGGGCAUUGGGAGAAGCACAUGUGGAAGAUUGUGGGUAUAGAUUGGAUGGUCUUUGGCAGCGAUCUCCUCCACAACGCCCUUUAGCAAUUGAAUACAUGGGUUGCUACUUCCACGGUACUUUAAAAUAGAUUUUUUUUGUAUA